CCCCCCCGUUGUAAACGAGCGUCCUCACUUCCCUCCGAGAUUCUCCUCUUCUUCUUCGUCUCAGGAUGGUGUGGAUUAGAGCCGCAUCGAGCGUUGCUAGAUCGGCUCUCCGACGAGCAUUAGCUCAAACACCUCAUCGGCGUCUAUUGCACUCGACGCCUCUCCGGCCGAAGGCCGCUCCGGUCCCCCGUGCUGUUCCUCUCUCCCGGCUCACUGACAGCUUCCUCGAUGGUACAAGCAGCGUGUACCUGGAGGAGCUGCAGCGCGCGUGGGAAGCGGAUCCCAGCAGCGUUGAUGAAUCCUGGGACAACUUCUUCCGCAACUUCGUCGGCCAAGCUGCCACCUCUCCUGGAAUCUCCGGCCAGACGAUCCAAGAGAGCAUGCGCUUGCUCCUGUUGGUUCGUGCCUACCAGGUCAAUGGCCAUAUGAAAGCCAAAUUGGAUCCUUUGGGCUUGGAGAAGCGCGUGAUCCCCGACGAUCUAGACUUGGGAUUGCAUGGGUUCACCGAGGCUGAUCUGGAUAGGGAGUUCUUCCUCGGGGUGUGGAGGAUGUCUGGGUUCUUGUCGGAGAACCGCCCGGUUCAAACUCUCCGUGAGAUUUUGAACCGGCUUGAGCAGGCAUACUGUGGGAACAUUGGGUAUGAGUACAUGCACAUUGCUGAUCGGGAGAAAUGCAAUUGGUUGAGGGACAAGAUUGAGACUGUGAAGCCCACUAGUUAUAGUCAGGAUCGUCGAGAGGUCAUUCUUGAUAGGCUUAUUUGGAGUACCCAGUUUGAAAAUUUCUUGGCCACGAAAUGGACUGCAGCUAAAAGGUUUGGUUUGGAAGGAGCGGAGACUUUGAUUCCUGGCAUGAAGGAGAUGUUUGAUCGAGUUGCAAUGCUUGGUGUGGAGAGCAUUGUGAUUGGAAUGUCUCAUCGAGGAAGGUUGAAUGUUCUUGGCAAUGUUGUUAGGAAGCCUUUGAGGCAGAUAUUCAGUGAGUUCAGUGGUGGCACGAAGCCAGUGGAUGGGGAAGUCGGGUUGUAUACUGGUACUGGUGAUGUCAAGUACCAUUUAGGGACUUCGUAUGAUAGGCCGACUCGGGGAGGGUAUAGAAUUCAUUUGUCUCUCGUCGCAAAUCCUAGUCAUCUGGAAGCUGUUGAUCCACUUGUGCUUGGAAAGACUCGGGCGAAGCAGUUCUACUCUAAUGACACUGACAGAACCAAGAAUCUCGGAAUCUUGAUCCAUGGAGAUGGAAGCUUUGCUGGACAAGGAGUUGUUUAUGAAACUCUUCAUCUAAGUGCCCUUCCCAACUAUACAACUGGUGGGACAAUUCACAUUGUCGUCAAUAACCAAGUGGCAUUCACAACUGAUCCAAUGUCUGGGAGGUCUUCGCAGUAUUGUACAGAUGUUGCAAAAGCUCUAGAUGCACCGAUUUUCCAUGUGAAUGGCGAUGAUGUGGAAGCGGUUGUUCAUGCAUGUGAACUUGCAGCUGAGUGGCGCCAGACUUUCCAUUCUGAUGUGGUUGUUGAUAUUAUAUGUUACAGACGCUUUGGACACAAUGAGAUUGAUGAGCCUUCUUUCACACAACCGAAAAUGUAUAAGGUAAUUAGGAAUCACCCGAGGGCACUUGAUAUUUAUCAAGAGAAACUUCUAGAAUCAGGACAAAUUUCUAAAGCAGACAUUGAGCGGAUUAAUAAGAAAGUUGAUACUAUUCUGAAUGAAGAGUUCAUUAACAGCAAAGAUUAUGUUCCGAGAAGAAGGGACUGGCUUGCAGCAUAUUGGGCUGGUUUUAAGUCACCUGAGCAGAUAUCACGAGUUAGAAAUACUGGUGUUAAUCCAGAGAUACUAAAACGUGUUGGCCAAGCCAUUACCACUCUCCCUGAGAAUUUCAAGCCUCAUAGAGCAGUAAAGAAAAUUUUUGAGCAGCGUGCUCAAAUGAUUGAAACUGGGGAAGGCAUUGAUUGGGCUGUUGGAGAAGCACUUGCUUUCGCUACUCUUCUAGUGGAAGGUAACCAUGUCAGGCUUAGUGGCCAGGAUGUUGAAAGAGGUACAUUCAGUCAUAGGCAUGCUGUCGUUCAUGAUCAGGAGACUGGGGAAAUAUACUGCCCUCUGGACCAUGUUGUCAUGAACCAAAACGAGGAGUUAUUUACUGUUAGUAACAGCUCUCUUUCUGAAUUUGGUGUACUGGGAUUUGAGUUGGGUUACUCUAUGGAAAAUCCUAAUUCAUUGGUAAUUUGGGAAGCUCAGUUCGGUGAUUUUUCCAAUGGUGCUCAAGUUAUGUUUGACCAAUUUUUGAGUAGUGGAGAAUCUAAAUGGCUACGCCAGACAGGGCUUGUUCUUUUGCUUCCCCAUGGAUAUGAUGGUCAAGGUCCCGAACAUUCUAGUGCUCGAUUGGAACGCUUCCUGCAGAUGAGUGAUGACAAUCCUUAUGUUAUCCCUGAGAUGGAUCCAACUUUGAGGAAACAGAUUCAGGAGUGCAAUUGGCAGGUUGUGAAUGUCACAACACCUGCCAAUUAUUUUCAUCUCCUGCGGCGCCAGAUUCACAGGGAAUUCCGGAAGCCUCUUGUUGUCAUGGCUCCCAAGAACCUUCUUCGGCACAAAGAUUGUAAAUCACAUCUAUCUGAAUUUGAUGAUGUAGUAGGUCACCCAGGGUUUGAUAAACAAGGAACACGCUUCAAGCGCCUUAUCAAAGACCAAAAUGAUCAUAGUGAUAUGGAAGAAGGCAUUAACCGAUUGGUAUUGUGCUCUGGGAAGGUGUAUUAUGAGCUUAAUGAAGAAAGGAAGAAGGUGGACCGCAAGGAUGUUGCCAUUUGCCGUGUUGAACAACUUUGCCCAUUCCCCUAUGACCUUAUCCAGCGCGAGUUGAAGCGUUAUCCAAAUGCGGAGAUAGUUUGGUGCCAGGAAGAACCAAUGAACAUGGGAGCAUACAGUUAUAUUAGUCCGCGCCUUUGCACUGCAAUGGGGGCACUUGGCAGAGGAACCAUGGAAGACAUCAAAUAUGUCGGAAGGGGACCAUCUGCUGCUACAGCCACUGGUUUCUAUUCUGUUCAUGUUCAAGAGCAGACUGAACUCGUUCAAAAGGCAUUGCAGCGAGAGCCGAUCAAUAACCUGCUUUAACUUUUCAGGUAUCAAGCUUUCUAGAGAAAAUAAGGAUGUCGGCUUUCAAACUAUUCACUAAAUUUUGAUGUGGUGAUAUAUCACAUUGUCACAAUAUCUUGUUUAUUUGUCAUGUUCAACUGAAAUUUUGCUUAACAUUAAUGUAUUUGAUUAGUCAAAAAUCAUCGGAAAUAAUGGCUUUGUAGUCAUCUAUUUCAAACUACACAAAUGUUUUUUGUUUUACAGAAUCUUGUAAUUUCAUUAAUUACAAGGAACCAAUUUUCAGUCAUCUCAAUCUUAAAAACUUUGAUGUAUUCACUAGUU